AUGGGCAACAAAUAUUCAUGCUGUGUCUACCACAGCCCCAAGAACCACAGUCAGAAAAAGGCGGAGGCCUACAUCCAACAACAGCCUCGGACUCCAGUCGGAGAAGAGAACCUGGCCAGCCUUGCACAGCCACAGAGCACUGGUUCUCUCUCAGGUGUUCCACACAUCAGUGAACGCGAGCCAGAAGACAGUGAUCAUGACCCGUCCAGUCAUCCGGCUGCCAGACCCAUAUUCUCUACCAGAUCUCAGGUGGAAGUCCAACGAAACAAUAAGAUGAGACGCAGGAGUCAGAUGAUCAUGACAAGUUCUGGCCACAAACACCAUAUAGAUGAGUUUGGCCAACUGCGCAAGUUUAGUUCAUGCUCCACGAUCUACAUGGAUGACUCCACUGUGUCACAGCCAAACCUCAAGACCACAAUCAAAGCAGUUGCACUAGCAAUUUUUUUUCACAUUAGAAACCGAGUGCCUCCGGAUGAGGAGAAGGAGAGGAGUCUGGCAGCUCUGGAGCCAAACAUUCUACAAAUCUUUGAUGAGAAGGCCCACCCUCUCUCGAAAGAUGUAGUUCCUGACGACUACCAGAAGCGAGACCCAGAGCACAAGAUUAUUUACCGGUUUGUCAGAAGUCUCUUUAAUGCUGCUCAGCUCACAGCCGAAUGUGCUAUUGUCACAUUGGUUUACCUGGAGCGUCUGUUGACCUACUCGGAGAUUGACAUCCAUCCUGGCAACUGGAAGCGCAUGGUGCUGGGAGCCAUCAUUCUGGCCUCCAAGGUGUGGGAUGACCAGGCUGUGUGGAAUGUCGACUUCUGCCAGAUUCUCAAGGACAUUCAGGUGGAUGACAUGAAUGAAUUAGAGAGACAAGUGCUGGAAUUGCUGCAGUUCAACAUCAACGUGCCGUCCAGUGUUUAUGCCAAGUACUACUUUGAUCUGCGUGCUCUGGCAGAUGCCCAUGACAUUGUCUACCCACCAGAACCCCUAGACAAGGAAAGAGCUUUGAGACUAGAGGCCCUGUCCAGCGUUUGUGAGGACAAGCUUGGGUUGUGGCAUCGCAAGAACCGCAGACGGAUUGCCUCUCUUGAUGGCCACUUGUGGUCACAGCAUCGACCUAAAGCUAUCUUAUCUUGA